AAUACUGUGUGUGCGUCUUGGAAAGUGUAAAAUACAGGUUGGUGUAUUGAGAAACGGGAGGAAACUCUUAGCAGCAUUGUAGCUACACCCAGAGAGUAAAACUGCUUUAAUUUAGCGAGCUCUUCUUUGUCCAAAUGCUAGUUUUAUUUAAAUAGGGGUCAAAAGAUUUCCACUAUCCAGUGUUUCAUACUGAUGUUCUCUUGCAAAAUGAUGAUCCACACAUUCACAAAUUACACAAUAGAAAGUAACACAAAUUACUACCCGUAGCAGCAUGUACGGCACACCCUGCUCCGACUGAGAAGCUGCCGAAACACAUCUGCCCACAUGUGACCCGACACCAGCUGGUGCCGAUUUCACAAUGAGAAUAAUACUGAUGUGUGAUAUUGAGUGACGAGCGACGAGUUACAAAUCCAAAGUGAAUGUGUGCUUUUCCACGUGGGGACAACAGGAAGGAACUUUUACGUUUCAUCAAAACAAAUGAAUGGCAUUUAUUGCAUUUCGCCACAGAGAUGCGGCCUUUUAGUAGUGAGGGAAUAGCACUUUUAAACUCCUUAUUUCUCCCUCUCCGUGCCGGCUGCUCUCACAAGCUCUACAUGAUGAGUUAUAUCCCACAGAGGAGCUCAGCCAGCAGAUAUCUGACUGCUCAAAGACGGAUCACCUGCUUUACCCUGCCGUAAAUGUCCAGGGCAGCCAUUAAUGUAACCGGGAGAGAUGGCACUGCGCUUGUAAUGCUCUCAUAUUGGUGCCGGAAAAAAAGACUCCGAUGGGUUGAAGUCGCAGCGGCGUCUUCCUCCUCCCUCUGCAGGGGCUUUCAGAUUUACAUAAUAAACCAGUAAAAUACACACCGUCUUAUAUUGAUUGAUUUACUAAUGAAUUAUUCAUGGGGUGUACAGUAUCGAGGUGUGGGGGCCCGUACCUGCAGUCAGAGCAGCGCCUCACAAGUGAAUCACUUCUUAGUGGAUGAUUGGCAGGAAUCACGGUAUCCGUGCGGUACAACUCCAGUGGAUUAUUAUCAAGAAGCAUCGUGGCGACAUAAGAGAGACGCUGCAGCCUUAAAUCACUGGUAUACCUCCGUAAAAUGGGUUUCUGGGUAAUAUCUUGAUAAUAAAUCGGUGCUGAAAUCAGUGUGGGAAUUGACUUAUAUCCAAUACCCUGAUUAAGUUUAAAGCAACUCACCUUUAACCUGUUUUUUUUUACGUGUGCUAUAAAAGGAAAUGCAAAAUAGUUUUAAACAUUCCCCUUGCGGACCAAAAUAUCGUCAGUCAUUUUGUACGGAAACGAUCCUGACGCAUCAACGAGAGCUUUUCAUGGAGGCUCCGAGCCGAUCGCAUUUCUCUCCCCUCGCUUCACUGCUCACUUUGUGUUCUCCUCCUUUCCUCUUUCCUCCCGGAGGAUCUGACUGACAACGACUCCAGGAUCAUAGCAACACCUUUCAGGUCACAUUACUUGCUAGAACAAAAUUACCUUUGGGGGGGGGGGUGAAAUAAAAAGAUUCAUUAAGCCAUAAUUGAAUGAGAGUUUAUGUUCAAAUCUGCAUUCAUAAAUGAAAGUGAUGGACUGAGAGGAUCAAGUCAAAGUUUCCCUUCUUUCUUUCUCAACAGUCCUACAUUCCAAUGGCAUGUCUGCUCAAGUCAGGACCUGACACCGGACACCAGAGGUUGACUCAGUAUAGUAGACCCUCUGCAGGGUGAGCACACACAGCCGCUCGUGUCUCCAGCCUUCAUCUGGCUCAUCUGACGUGAUUUUGAUUGCCAUGCAGGUGAAGGUGAUGGGGUCCUCCGGCGACGGGACGACUCUGCGUGUUCCUGGCUGGGUUUCCAUCCUCGGGUUCAUUUCCGCAGUCGGCAUUGCUGUGAGCCACGGCCUGGAGUUAAAUACAACCCUCCGCGUGGUCGCAACGUGUGGCGAGAGGGUGACGCUGCCAUGCGUGGCCAGCUCACCGGGCCAGUUGAACAUCCGGUCUUUCCUCUGGAUGGCAAAGAACCAAAGUGUGUGCUCUCUUGAACACGUCGGCCCCGGGGUCAGGUGUGACCGAGCGCCCGGUGACCACAGUCUCAACCUGACCCUCCUCGACGUGAUGCCGGUCCACCAGGGCGACUACUUCUGCAAAGUGCGCUCCACCCAGGGGACGCAGUCCGGCACCACCACCGUCACAGUACAAGACUGCCUCGGGAGCAGCGGCUCCUCGGUGAACGAGUCGCACGCCCGGUGCUGGUUCAGUGGAGUCUACCCCGUCGGCUCCAUCCGCUGGGCCCAGGGAGGCGCUCCGCUCGCAGGCCCGGCGAGCGCGCGGGCGGAGGCGGACCCGAGCGGACGCUACAACGUGUCCAGCGCGACGGAGGCGAGGACAGGGGAGUCGAGUGAGCCGUACGAGUGCUCUCUGUGGAUCCCCUCGGCCCGCAAGACGCUCUCCAGUCGGCUGCUGCCUUUGGCCAAGGGACAGUUGAGCUCCUCGGGGAGCCCGGUCCAACUGGCGUGGGCCUGCGCGAUGGUGGGCGUGAUGGGUGCUGCCAUUCAAUGGUAGUUGUAGGAAGUGACUUGGAAGGUAUGUAGGAAUGAACCUUCAGUUCUUCCGGGCGGCCAGCAGGAGGCAGUCCUCCCGCGCGGGAACACCAAGGAGAAGGUCGAUUCACUGCCUCUCACUGUGAACGCUUCCAACUGGGGUCUGUUCAGUUUUCUGAAAUACAUGAACACUGUAGUAGAUCCCUUCAUACCUUCUUUAAAUCUGCUUUGUAGUUAUGCUGCAUACAAGUAUUUAAUGUGAGGAAUUUAAUCUGGGAAAGCUUUGUGAGAAUAUGGCACGUAAACUGCACCUACAGAGAGAAAGAGCUUCGCUUCUUCAGAUUGUACAUUCUCACCUUUUGGGAAGGUUCCUGUUCCAUCCAGAUGUGGCGUGACAGUGUCUGUGGAAAGGCUUGCACGAUAUUUAGCUACGCAGACCUCCAGGCCAGUGAGGAAUGUAGUUGUUUGUGUUUGUAGCAAAGAUGCUUUUGUAUUUCAAUUUGAGCCUGCUGACAUUUGCCCUUGAGGUGCAACAAUGACGUCCAGGUAUUUGCUCGAGUGGACUGUUUUUAAAAAAAAAUUAAAACUGAAAUAAACUCAAAAGACCAAAUAAAGUAUCUCUGUUUCACAGUAUCUGAAGGUACGUUGGUACCAUUGAUAUAUCCGGCGUGUGAGUCAAGAGAACGAGCGAGGACACGUGCGGGUGUUGUGUUGCACAAUCGCUUUCUCUGCGUUUGCAUCACAGAAGACACACAAACGGGAACAGAGCCACCAAGAGAAACCUCAGAUUAACUACAAGGCUCAAACCCAAGAGAGAGAACAUCAGCAAGCAAGUGCUCCUCCUUAAGCUGCUUAUGGUCCGCGCAGCCAAACGCACAAGAUCCCUCCUCCUCCCCCCCCCUCCUCCCCCCAGGGGCCUCGAGGAGGUAAACUGAGCAGUGAGAGGCCCUGUGGGGAGCAGAUCCUCGCGGCAGGUUAGUUCCUAAGGAGGGAAACACAGAGGAGACACUCAAUCAUUCGCUCCAGUAGAGCAGAGGCACCCUCGGGAUUAAUUGCAGAUCAAACGGUGAUUUACCAAGGAAAACCAAAUCAUUGAGGUUCAUUAUCAACAAUGUGGCAUCAAAGCCGAGCCAAAUAACACGGCAGACUGUCAAAGACGAUCCAGAUGUUCGCAGGUUAGACUUUGCCUCAACCUUUGGAACGGCAAAGGCAACUGGUGAACUUCAGCUGCUGAAGCUUCUCACAAAAGACGAUACGUUGUCUUUAUCUCCAAUGUGCUGAGAGAGAAAGCCCCAAAAACCAGACCUGCUUGGCGGCAGCGUGAAAUAACGAUAGCGGCACGGCCUUGAAAGUAAGAAGCGAACUAUCAUUACUGAAUGCGAAUCGACUGUUGGCACUAUUCUAGUGAUGUUUCCUCAUAAUCCUUGACCCAAACGGGGUGUCCUCAGCUAUGAUGCGUGAAAAAGGGAAGGGCCUUCUCUGGGACAGAGAGG